AAACGAUCUCGCCAUACGCGAUGUCGCUUUAGUCCGAUCGGCAAAUUUCAGCAGAUUCGCCUGUACUCGAAAUGGGCGGGAACAACUCCAGAGAACGCAAGGGCUCGCUCGCGCUCUUCAACACGAUAAACGAGAAAGAGUACCUGUUCAUAGCAAUGCAGGCGGACGUGGAUAAAGCAUUCGUCACCAGGGAUCGUAAAUCGAUCGAAACUUUAUUUGCGGAAAUCACCGGUCACAUCCUCGAACUUAAGCAGAUCCGAAAAUCAGACCUGAGCCCGUCCGAUAGAGGUCGUAUCGAAAAACUCGUCUACAGUUUCGAAAUAUCGUUGGCUAAGCUCAAGUCCGUCUACGGUUACCUCACCCUGCCGAAGAAAACCACCGCGAACUCAGUCUUCUACAACGAAACGGUCAACGAUUUUAACAACGUCGACAGCGACGAGAACCAUUUCAGACCAAGAUCGUCUUUACCCAAUUCGUUCGACUCUGCCUUGUCCGUGGCCCAGACCAUAUCGAGGGCUAAUUCCCUCUAUAACAGGCCACCUUUUCCCGAUUCCAGCUUGCUCGAUCUCGAUCUUAGUCUGGGGUUUGCUCUGUCUACGAUAGAAAGCGAAUUCGAGUCGCUGAAGAUGGUCGCGAGCGAACCGAUAGACGACGUGACUCAAUAUUACCAACUGGAUAAGACCGUUUUCUAUCUCUGCGCCCAGCUGAACCAAUUGCACUGUUCAGCCGAACCCAAACUGGAGACGAAAAAGUUGGAACUGCUCGCCGAGUUAAAGCGCUUCAGGGAGUUGUUGGAUAGAAGAGCCGCCGAGCUGGAGGAGAUGUUACGUAUUGGUACCGACCUCAGAGCUCUGGAAAUUCGAUUCGACGGAUGCUCGAUCGCAGACUACCAGUCAUUGCUCGACGAGGUUCUGAAACUCCAAGAAAAGCUGGACAACACGUCUUGGGAGGAUAACUUGCAGCCGAAGAAACUGGCGGCUCUUGAGAACGUGGAAGGGCUCAUCGCGAAGAUAUCCUACGCAGAAUCGGAACAAGUGGUCGACGAGUCGUUCCAGCAGAUAUACGGCAACGUCGAGGCUUCCUACAAGGCCGGUGGCGGCGGCGCGAGCACCGAUUUUACGUACGACAUCAUCAAUAAUCUCUCGGCUGUCAAGAGCGGGCCAUCAUAUAGCAGAGCUACUAUAUAUUCCAACGUAGCCAUCGUCAGGGAAAACGAAGACGGUACUAGGUCGUACAACGGUGCGAAUACCCCCAAGAAACCGCCGUUGCCGCUUCCGCGGAACUACGACGAGAAGGUGAUCAACGAUUUACCCAAGCACUGGAGGAGGUUGAACGAGAUAUUUGAUAAAAAAGUAAUGACGGCGGGGGACGCGUCCGAGGUGGAUGAGAUCCAGAGACACCUCGAGGUGGCCAAGAACUUGUUCAUGAGGAAAAUCGGCAAAGUGAACGAGAGGUGCCAAGAGGUUGUGGAUUUGUAGGGUUUAGUACGAGAUGCUGUGAAGAUGUUAAUAUUAAACGAACUACCGGAUGGUCGAGCUUUCUAAAAGCAAUAAGAAUAAUCAAUAUAUCGUUACAUUUAAGUUUUUUGGAUGCAUUGUAAGUACAAAACUAGAAACCAGAAAAGUUAAGCUCUUUUCUUAUAUCAUUCUCCGUAUCUUUUUCUCACUUGUUUCAGCUGGCCAGCGAAUGUAUACACCCAAUAUGAUGUUAACGUUAUUUUCCAUUUAUUAUUUUUUUAAAUAUAAAAAUCAACCGAUGGCACUAUCAUGACAGUCAUCGUUUGAGAUUUUUAAUUCGAUUUCUUUAUCAAGAGUUAUAUCAGACACUUGAAUUUCCGAGAACUGUAUAGUUUUGUAAGAUCUGCGACAGAGAGAGAGAGAGAGAGAGAGAGAGAGAGAGAGAGAGAGAGAGAGAGAGAGAGAGAGAGAGAUAAAAAUAUUUUGGGGUUUAUCGUUGCACAGGGUGGCAAGAUUUUAAUAAAAGGUUUGUAUCUUGCAUAUAUUCAAUAACAAAAAAUAAAUAUAAAUAAUAAUAAGUGUAAUAAAAAAGAAAACCGUAGAAAAUAUUUGCAAAUUUCCUAGAUUUCACAGAGGCAGUUCUUUUUUACAUAGCCCACUGAGGUUACCAUAAAAUUUUAAAAUAGCCGCUGUUAUUCCGUACUGAAUCCUCCUUUUUCCUCUUUUUUUAUCAAGGAUUCAUUGAUUAUUAGUUCCCUGCACCAUUUUUUUAAAUAAGAAUACUAUUGAAAAAUUGUAAAUUUGGGAAAUUCGUAAAUUGGAAAUCUUAAAAAUAAGUAAGAACAAACAACAAUGUUAUGAGGACUUUUAGAUAGUGCAUACUUUCUGGAGUAACAUUGAUAGAUAUGUAGUAAAUUUAAUGAACUUGUUAAUUUUUGUUUCUAUUAUACUCGCUUCUUAAACGUGCUGAUAUUAAGUUGAGUUAUUACUUCUUAAAAGUGUUAAUAAAUCAAGAGAUGCAUUUAGUUUUGCUAAUAGUUUUGUUUGGAUUAUUUCGUUUUUAUUUCUGGAAUAGCCUCUAACGAUAAAUUCGGUAUUGUGUUACUUGAAAGUAGAAAUAAAGAACUCUUUUUAUUUAACUCAUGUCAAAAAAUAUAUAUAUUCUAAAAUUACAUUAUCCAGUUUUUUCUGCUGUUAAAUACGGAACCGUUCGAAUCAGAUAUGGCAGCUUACGCUCUCAUAUUUUGUACAAUACGCAAAAAUUUGUCAAAAUUUCAAAUUCCAGCUUGAGAGAGACAGAGACGUAUGUUGCAUAGAAAGUUUCACAAUUAUAUUCAAAAUAGGCAGGGCAUUUCAUUGGAAAAAAUUAAGUUGGAAUCUAGUUCAUGUAGAUUUGGCAACGCCGCGACGUCCCAAAAUAAUUUUAACAUAA